AAUUUUGCUGUAUUAAUUAUUUCUCUCCUCAUUCUUUCAUUGUUUAGUUUGUUUCUGUUUGUGGAGGUUGUUCGACCACAGAAGAGGCUUAAAACACUUACAGUUCAUAUCUUGGCUAACUUUUCAUUUUAUUUCUAUUUUCUCCCGUUCAACCAAGGAACCAUCAAUUUGAAACUAUUUCCUAAUUUUCUCUUUUCUUUCUUUUUCUACUUAUUGAACUGAAAAUGGGAAAAGAAUGCAAAGUGAAGAAAAAAGAGAAACGUUUUCCUCCAUGUGAUUGUGUCAGCUAUAGUUCACCACCGAGCGAGAACAAUGAUUCAUGUUCACUAUGCUGCAUCAAAAAAUUUUGUUCAAGAGGAAAAAGGAACAAACGCCAUGGUCAGACACAACAGCAGACUGAUGAUGAUCAACAAAGGAAUGAUGAUGAGUGUGCACCAUGCUACAUCGAAAUUAAAUCUUCUAAAAAACACCAAUGCCAUACGAUCUGGCCCAAAGGAUCUGGGUGUUGGAGCGAGACGGAAUUGGAAAAAUUUUUCAAAACCUUCUCGGAAAAGGAAUCACCAACAACCAAAAAUCUAACACUGGUUGCUUCUUUGGCCACACUUUUGGUAUUAGCGAUCAUAUUUAUUCUCUUCUUAAUUUUAUGGAUAUCAUUUAGACGAAAACGAAACUCAACUCCAGAUGAUAAAUUCGCCAGUUCAAAUGUUCAAAAUGUAAAUGAGAAAAAUCAUCCGUAUGAAGAAAUCGAUGAAACCACGACAACUAUUUCCUUCUGCAAUAGUAGUAUAGUGAAUAAAAACACUGCAACAACAACAAACCCAAGAAACAUCGGUGAGGAAACAUAUGAAGUCCUAGAAGAAGAGUCUUCUCCAAGAUAUGAUAAACUGGCUUUUAACGAACUGGAAAUUGUGAACAAUGAGAACAGAAAUAACUCUUAAUCCCGUCGUUGAAAAAUAAAAUCUACUGGUGAUAACGAUACGUUUUAUAACUUAAUAAUUAAUCAAAAUCUGUUACUAGUAACAAUCUGUUACUGUUCGAUAACCAAAACCUAUCGAUAGAUGAUAACAAUGCCUUGAUGGUUUUCAAUAUAAUAUAUCACGUGAUACCAUUAUUGGGGUUAUCUCACUUCCUUUUUGUUUUUACAUUUUAAAAAUGUGAGAUUUCUUCCCUGAAGACAGGGGAAAUUGAUUCCAACGUCAGAUGAGACGAACCCCCGUCUUCAGGGAAGAAAUCCUAUAUUUGAGGUGUUGACAGAAGGGAGAUUAAAGAUGGAAUUACGAUGGAAUACGACUUUUCUUCAACCCUUUAAUUCUUGAUAUCAUUUCUAUUCUGUGUAAGUCGGACCUUUUUAUAUGUAUAUAUAUAUAUAUAUAUAUAUAUAUAUAUAUAUAAUGUAACACCUUGUUCAAGUGUCCUUUAUCACAAUUACAGACCGAUCCAAGGCACUGUAAAUUAAAUGGCAUAGACGGGUAAUCUCCAUAAGAUCGUCGGAUGAGCUUUAUCUGUUAUGGACUGGUAGACUUAAUCCCGCCAAUCGGUCCCUCACCACCACAUGGUCCCUGAUUGCUUUUAGCGAGGGAUACCCUUUUGCAAAUCAUUAUGUUACAUUGAGAUUAAACAGCAACAACUGGAUUUACAGAAUAAGAACUUAAAUAAAAGUUUAUUUCUGAGAAAGAUCUUUUUAUUGUAGCCUCCCUUCAUUGAAUAACCUCCCCUCGGAAAUGUUACUCUGAUGCGUAUUAAGUUGUUCAAAGUUAUUUCCCAUCUAUAGGAUUUAUUUAUCAUUAUCCUUUUAAUCCAGAUAUUUAUGUUCUUUUCACACAUCUGAUACGUAUUGAUCUCUUCCAUGACGUUUUUUUUUGUCUUUUUGUUAAAUAAAUUGAAUAGCAAAUGUGAA